UAUUUUCGGCAAGUGUUCAAGUUAAUACAUGUCAACAGAAACAAUAAAAAAGCAUAAUAGCACGUUGACUGUUUCCAUCACCCGCGUACAUAAUAUAAUAGUGGGCUUGCUCUGAGUAAAAGAGCUUCAAAACAGAAACGACACUGUUACUGUUGACUUGUUAUUAACACUCAGUCAGUAAUAUCCUGUUGAGGUAAACUUGAUUAAUUGGCCAAACAGCUUACCUCAGACGAGAAUAUUAGCUAAGACGAGUGUCAACCACAUAUAAAAUCAAGAGGAACCGUUUUCGUGUACUCAGUGCAAUUCUUACUGUCCAAGUAAUUGGAUGAUAUCGAAUUUGUUUUUGGAAUCUAACAGAUACAGUACAGUUUAAAUCAUUUUUGACUCAUUUGAUCAAAAAUUUGUUUUUCGAUACAAUAAAAAAAAUAUAUAUGUAAACAUUCAAUUAAAAUGAAUUUGUUUUGCAUACUAAUUUUUGCAGCGUUAUGCUCAGGCGUGGUAAUGACGAAAUCGGAGCCAACUACAUUGUCAUCAUUCACAUCAUCAAGUGCAAAAUCAAUUGCUAAAGUGAAACGACAAUAUCAGUUUCCAUUUGCCCGACCAGUAAACUAUUCACCCUUUGUUGGAGAUGCUGCACUCGACUCUUCACGGUAUGCAGACGCACAUGCACAAACUAUAAAUCAAGUCGAUCAAAAAGACAUAAAUGGCAACUUCAACUAUGCAUAUGAAACCACCAAUGGAAUAAAAGUUCGUCAAACAAGUUAUAUAACUAACCAAGGUAGAGUAGUGGUUGGCUAUUAUUCAUACCUCGGACCAGAUGGAAAAAUCUACACUACGCAUUACACAGCAGAUCAGCAUGGAUAUAGAGCAACUGGGUCACAUCUGCCGGUUCAAGAGACUGCUGUACAACCUUUACCAUUCGUUUCGAGUACACCAGAUCCAAUUCCGUUUGUUUCAAGCACACCAGCACCGUUUAUUUCGAGUACACCUGGUCAUUUCGGACCUAGUACACCAGCUCCAUUUGUGUCAUCAUCUCCAUUUAAUGUGCCAUCUCCAACACCGUAUCGAGGAUUUAUAGGAUAUUCUCCUACUACCACAUCACCUAUUGUCUCUUCAUCAACACCAGUUGCAUCUACAGUUUCGCCAUUUUCAGUGUCAAGACGCCCGAAUUUUCCAAUUUAUGGACAGCGAACAGUUCCAUUCCAAGGUUAUGCCUAUACAAACCCAAGAAUAAACACACCGUAUUCAGUCGUAUCGCAACAAACACCAGCGCCAAUAUUCUUUCCAUCUUCUUCAGAGACACCACUGAAUAGAUUUUCAUAUGCAACGGCGCCAUCAAAUAUCGAUUCCAGGAUUACGACUACAUUUUCUCCUCCACCACGUUUAAACAAUCUAGAUGGUAUAACUUCAUCAAGAUCUCCAUUGAACGAUGAUAUACCAGUUCGAUUCAAGCAAUAUAUUCCACCUGCACCAAUUGUGUCGUCAACUCCAAGACCUUUUGACAGUUUUUCGCCACACCAACCCGAUACAAUUUUAAUUACACCCAAACCAUCUAUCAAUCAACCUGUACUGCCAAAUAGUUUAUCAGUUAAUCAAAAUCUCUUACCACCAUACCUUUCUGUUGGUCCACUGAAUUCUCCACAAUUCUCUGGCCGGCAUAGUUUUAAUACCAAUUUUCGAGAAAAUGCAAAUUUUAUUAACAGUCCACCAUACGAAUUCAAUGAUCAAGUCAGGCCGCAAACUGUCGCCCCCUUAACCGUAACUAAUUUAAACUUUCGUAAGAAAUGAAAUUUUAAUGAAACAGCACUAAAUGAAAAAAGUCAUUAAUAAACUAAAAAAACAGUGUUUAUGUUCAAUAAAAUGCAAUUAAAUCGAAGAAUUCAUACUCAAUAAAA